AUGGGAGUGAAGGAAGGCACCAAGAGGCUGAAGGGUGUGGUAGAAAGGGGUGAGAAGGCAAUGUUUGCCAUUUUGCCUAGGUCCUUAGGAAAGGUCCCUGAUAACACUGGUUUCAGAUGUGGGACAGUGUUGUGCACUAUAGUGCUUGACCUGAUUCCAACAUGUGAACACGCCCUUGAGUCCCGGAAAGGCAGGAGAGGCAGGAAUAUUGCAAAGGGGCUGCAGCAGGGUCCCACACAAGAUCUCAACUCCAAAUAGAAAAAAAAUGUCCUGCAAGCACCACAAUCUGAAAUAAAAGUCAACAUAUGGGAAAUAAAGCCUCCUGAUUUUAGUUAUAAACUGUAUACAUCUUUGAGACUUCCAGAAAAGCCAUCAAGGACCAUUAAGGAAGAAGAAAGGAGCAAAAAAAGCAUUUUUCCAGGAACAAUACUUCACUUUCCCAACAUAAGGAAUCAUCCCAACAAGGCCAUGUCUCCUAAAUUUAUAACUACAUUUCCUCAUCUGGAUUCACAUAAAGUGAAGUUAAUAUUUGUGGAAAGUGGAAAAUAUCCAAAUGGUGUAUACCUCAAUCCAAAACCACAUAACUUUCGACAGUACCAACAUAAUUUACCAAAUUUUGUGACAAUAGAAAAGGGACCAAAAGGAUUAAAGUUUAAGUCACGUCACUUAAGUACAGUAAGUGGAUGCCCUUUGCUGAAGGAAAGUCAGCAGAACACUACAGAAAGAUUUAUCACCUACAAGCCUCAUGAAUGCAUCUGGGAUUCAACACUAAUUUUACCAAAAGCCCUGUGGCCUAUUAAAUCUGUGUCACAUACGAGACACAGAAGGUGGCCAGAUGCAUACAGUGCAUCUAUGGAUCAUGUGGAAGAAAAGUUUACUAAGACAUGCAAGAACCGUGGGCAAAAAUUUUAA